AUGUCCGCAGAGAGGCAUAUUUUUCAUAGCACAGUGUCGCAAAUAGAUUCAGGACAACCUGUACCAAUAUUGGAGGAGGGAGAAGGGACUCUGGUCAUACUACGUCUUUUCAAACAAAGCCGGUUUUGGUAUGAUAAUCCACGAGACUUCACACAGGAUGGUGAACCAACCCUCGUAGAUGAACAGAUACUUCUUGUCCAACCUGGCCCAGCCAAAUUAAAGUUUAUUGCUGAGCAUCUUUUGCGUAUGGGUGUCCCACCAGAAGAACAUGAAGCUAUUGUUCAGAAAUUUGUUCAGAAGUAUAUUGUAGAUAUUGACGACAUCCCCCAUUAUGUGCCAUAUACUGUGAAUAUAUUGGACAUCAGCGUGUCCUUGUUGGGUAGUGCUGACUAUCAUGAGAUCGUUGAUUGGGUGGCAGAAGAGCACAUCGUAUAUGAGGACCAUUGGGGUACAAAUAAGCUCAAAUUUAUUCCUGCAAGUAGAUCUUGGAUCAAGAGUUUGAAGAAGAUAAAACUAGAUACUUGGGAAGUAGAUCUUGGAUCAUGUUCUAUUUGUCUCGAGGACUUUGCAGAAUGUACUGAUCAACUGGUUACAACCUUACCUUGCAGACACCACUAUCAUGUAGAUUGCAUUGUCCAGUCCCUAGAGAUCAGUCACCUUUGUCCCUUGUGCCGAUACCCAUUGCCAACCAUGGAAGGGGAGGAGCAAUAA